UCCAAUAGCCUUUACUCUUUGUAUUGUCUUCCACCCCUAGUUAAUAUCCCUCACCAUUUCUCAACAAUGAUGCCUGAAAUCAUUGAUUUGACAAACUCCUCUCCAUCACCACCCAGGUCAUCUAAUGCAUCCAUAGUCCUUGGUUCUACUAGACAAGUAAAAUUUGAGAAUGCUCAUUUUCCCUUAAUUGUUGGCACAAAUCCCAACUUGAGUCAAGCAAGCCAACAACAAAUUGUUACUCCUUGGCCAACUUUUGACCAAACCAAUGUGCCUUCUCAAAUUGUUACUAGUUUCCAACCUAGCAUGCAAGGUGGGAUUGUUACAACUGAACCAAACAAAUACUUGGUUCCUCAUGGAGCUAUGCUGAAUGAGCCUUGGACCCAAAGAGAUCAUGAGUUAUUUGUAAUGGGGCUAAUUAGAUAUGGAAAAGGGCGUUGGACAAAAAUUGCUAAAGAUUUUUUGCGCAAUAAGACCCCUCAACAAGUUCAAAGCUAUGCAGCUAACUUCAUGCAACAGGUACCACCACCAUUCCCACAUGAAUUUGGGAGAAGGACCCCCACUUACUCCUCACCUCACUUCAUGUCCAAUGAUUGGAACUUGAUUAUUGAUCCAUCUAUCCCAAACUCUGUGCCUGUGGUUGUUAACAACCGAUCUCAACAACUUUUCACCCUUGUCCCAAUGACUGAUCGCUUUCUUUUGGAUCCACCAAAUGGAGAAGCUAGCACCAGCACCAAUAAUAACACCAACACCAUCAAGUAUGGGUUUCAGAUGCAUACAGGAGAUGUCGUUGCAAGCACUUCCAUGAAUGUUACUCCAAGUGCUAAUGAAGACAUUGAUUUGGAGUUGCGCUUAGGUCCAAGACAUUGAGUCUCAAAUAUGUGUAUCAUGCUUGGAUAGAUUAAUAAAACUAGAUAGCUAUCUAAGUGUUGUGUGAUUAUAUCACUAUUGCA